CUUCCCACCCAGAAGAGAGACGACCUCGUCGUCGCAUGAAGCGGACAAAUUGCCGUCCCUGGGGCAGACAAUCAGCUCGCGAAUUAACCCCCGAAUCUCGUGUCUGCUCGAGUCGUCAGCGCAAUGCCGCUCAGGGUCAAGGCACGGCCACGACCCGAGCCAGGAAGCAGGCAGCGGACGCCGUCGCCGCUCGAGAAGAUCGCAGAGUGCGAGCUGCCCGACAUCAACGACAAUGACAGCUUCCGUGUGGUCGUCAAGAAAGUCUCCAUCUACAUCGCCGAGGUGGUUACUCUGCCUUGCUCGUUUGAGCAGCUCCGGACAACCGCAGCCGGCGACGGCCUUCGCUCCCUGGUCUCGCACCUGACGGCCGAGUGCAACAACAAGGCAAUAGUCAAUGCUCUCCUUGCGCUCAAGUGGCACUAUACCAUCAACUGUGAAAGCGGCGAGAAGACUCUCGGUGAAGCCCGUGCCAACGCAUGCGAGAUAGUGGCCUGGCGUUUCCUCACUCACCUUUCCGAGAGGGAGGCCGUCCAGUACUGCCUCUAUGAGAUCCCGGACUCGGAAGAUGACGAGCACGACAGCAACAACAACAACAAUGAUAACGGCCCGGCCGACAAUGGAAGAAGCCAGAUGCCUUAUGAUGAGGAGAGUGGCUGCGUCAACCCUGACGAGACCACGGUUCUGCUGCCACAACUGCCACACUCGGCCUUGCCUGCCACCUCGGGUUCUGCUCGUCGCACGCCGUCUCGUCCGGGCAGCAGCGCCAAAAAGUACCAGCUGCUCCAGUCGCUCUCCCGCCUAACCAUGACCAUGGGCCGCGAGGACGAUGACGACGAGGCCGUGGAGGACGACGAGGAUCCCACGAGGGCCUUCAUCUCACUCAACGCCCUUGAGAUCGCCGCCAUCGCAGACGCCAAGCGAUUCCUUAGCCAGGACAUUGUUCAGAAGAUCGUCACGGGGAUCUGGAACGGAGACAUCAUUUUCUGGGAUGAGCUUUCGAUCCACACCGUCAAGAAGCCUCGUUUCUACAGGCAUAGCACUGCCGACCCCUAUUCGCGGCUGCGUGUGCCCAAGUAUCUGAAAUCGUUCGAGGUCGUCUUCUUCGCCUCGUUCCUCUGUCUUUACUAUGCCGUCUUGUACGAGCGCGACAGUAGCCGCAUCACCCCUCUCGAAACGGCGCUGUACAUCUGGUUUGCCGCUUUUUUCUACGACGAGAUGAGCGAGCUGAUGGAUGCCGGGUCCAUCUUUUACACGACAGACAUUUGGAAUCUUUUCGACAUGAUCAUGCUCCUCAUAGGCAUUGUAUUUGCCACACUGCGCGGCAUUGGGCUCUAUAACGGCGACCGAUAUCUGAUCGAACUGUCAUUCGACGUCCUCUCGCUCGAGGCUCUCUUCAUGGUGCCCAGAAUUGCCUCGGUCCUGAGUCUGAGUCCAUACUGGGGUACCCUGUUACCAUGCCUCAAAGCCAUGCUCAAGGACUUCAUCAAAUUCAUGGUGCUUGUCGUCAUCGUGUAUCUCGGGUUCCUGACGACAUUUUCUCUCAUUGGCCGAGACCGAUAUCCCCUGGCCUCCAUGACCAUGAUUUUAACCAAGAUCUUUUUCGGGAGCAGCUACGUUGGCUUUGAGAUAAUGUCGGAUAUCGAUCCGGUGUUCGGGCCUCCCCUCAUGCUGAUCUUCAUCACGCUCAGCUCAAUCCUACUCAUGGGUUCGCUCACGGGUAUGCUGAGCAACAGCUUCUCUCGCGUCAUCAGCCACGCCCGCGAAGAGUACCUUUACGUCUACUCGGUAUACGUGUUGGAGGCCUCGACCAGCAACCGGCUCACUCAUUUCUACCCGCCCUUCAAUCUCCUUGCCCUCAUCAUAUUCCGCCCGCUGCGUCUCUUCCUCCCCUCUGAUUCCAAGUUCCGCGCUGCGCGUAUCUGGCUCCUCAAGGCCACUCACUGGCCCAUCGUCGGUGCCAUCAAGCUUUACGAGCUCAUCCGCGGCCAUCUCGACAAGAUGGACGACUUUGCCGGCUUCAAGGGCCCUCGUGUGGAUUCCAAGCGCAUGCCCGCCUACAGGAAGCGGACGACUGGUCGCCCGGGCAUGGGGAGGCGGCAGUCCCACGCCGGCUCCUACCGCCGGUCACCCCGCCCUGUCAGCUCGACCGAGUUCCACUCGGCCAUGCCCCAGUUCCACAACGAGGACACCAUGAUCGACGUCCCGAGCGAGGCAGACGUCCGGAUCCAGGAGCUGUCAAUCAAGAUCGACAGGCUCACGGAGCUUAUCCUGUCCAUGCAGGAGCAAAGACCGACCGGGGAGGUCCAGAUAUGAACAAAAGCCGGCUGUAUGAGGCAGCGCGAUCACUCAAAGUGUGCCCCUAUGUGCUGCUGGUAAGCUAUAGAGGUUUGGGAUUGAGAGAUGCAUCAGACCGGAUACUUGUUUCUGCUUUCCCUCGCCUUCCUCUGAUAUUCUGGGGUUUCCCGCUUUCGCCCGGGUUUCUGCUUUCUUUUCCCUGAUUUCCUAAAACAUGCUCCUUGUCUCUUCUUGUCAGUCUUUACUUCGGCCGCCUCUUCCAAAAGGUGCCAUGUAGCAUGCGACGCAUGUUUGGUCAUAAAAGCAAUAACACCUGAAUUAUGCCUGCGG